AUGUCUUCUGCAGAGUCUGAUGGCAACCGACAGCCGGGGCUCACUGCCCUUUGUGUUUUGAUGCUCAUACUGGCUGUGGUCUCGGUCGCCCUCCGCUGCUGGUCUAUCUGGGGCUCGAACAAUCGCAGGUUUGGCUAUGAUGACGCAUUUGCCAUCCUAACUUUGCCCUUCAUUAUCGCCGAAUCGGCCCUUAUAUUCUACUGGAUCUCUUUGGGCCUAGGGCGUCAUUCAGCCACAUUACCCGUUAGCAAUCAACUCGCGGGCCCAAAGAUUAUCUUCGCUGCUGCCUACUUGUAUGAUGCAUGCAUUACCCUGCCCAAACUAUCGGUGCUCUGCUUCUACCAUCGAGUGCUGGGACGGGGAGGCACCUGGGUCCACCCUACGCUCUGGGGGGUCGGCGCGCUCUGCGUUUGCUGGCUGAUCGGGGCCUGGUUGGCCACCACCUUCCAGUGUACGCCCAUUGAUGCCGCCUGGGAGGCUGUUCCCGACGCCAGAUGCUUCACACAAUGGAAAUUCUUUACCGGGACUGCUGCCCCCAGUGCAAUCCUGGAUUUGAUUAUCCUGUUAAUUCCGCUGCCACUCCUCUGGUCGUUGCACAUGACCAAGUCGAAGAAGGUCAUGCUAACUGGCCUGUUUAUUUGUGGUUACUCAGUGGUCAUCUUGUCUAUCGGUCGGUUAAUUACACUCCUCAAGGCCGGCGCCGCCUUGGAAGAAGAUCUAACAUGGAGCACUAUCGAAUAUAUCUGUUGGGUGCAAUGUGAAGCCCCGAUUUCUCUCAUGUCUGUUUGCCUUCCAAAUAUUAUGGAACUGGUACGCCGCCUGCGAAACAGAAAUAAGCAACCCAGUAUCAGCGCAUUUUCCUCAUAUGGGAGUAAGCAAACUGCGUCGGAGUUGUUAAGUGGCAAGCGAUCGUCAUUUCGACCCCUCGAAGAAGACAGAGAGACUAUUCUGAUGGACCAGUACUCGGAGAAUCCGAACAGGCCUCACGUUAAAACCACCAUCGAAGCAACGCGAUCGGUCUCGGGGCGGGAUAGUGUCUAA